AUGGGAAUUCGAGAAAAUCUUGAAUUCCCAUCAGAUUUAGCAGAAAACAUUGUUUCAAAAUGCAUUAAGAUGUUACCAGAAUCCAAUAAUGUUGUGUGUAUGAUUAAUAGCGCUACAGUAAGAUAUAACGGAGAAGAAUAUGAUCCUAUUUAUUGUUGUGUCACUCCAUAUUCAGUUUUUAUAUUUCGAACUAUAUUAGGUGUUACUUCACAACUUGUUCGAGUCGAUUUAAUUGAACUAACAGAAUUUGUUUGCUCUGAUAAAUUAAAAGAUGGAUUUUUAUUAAAAUCUUCAGCUUCAAAUCUUAUUAUAAAAGGCCCAAAUCACAUUAAGCUUUCUCAAAUUAUAUACAGAAACUAUCAAAUGCUUAUAACAAAGAAUGAUAACACUGUAAAUACCCAAAUUUCUGUGAGUGAUAAGUCAUUAUUCCCUACCAUUGUAGUCCCCAUGCCAAUUACGCAAAUAUUUCAAUAUGCUUACGCUACAUAUUGUGCAAAAUUCGACGAAGAAUACAAUCAUCUUGCAGCAACCGUUGUUUGGAAACUCCUAACAUCAGGAGACUAUUGUUUUGAUUGCGCUAAUGUUCCAGAAAUGGAACAUUACAAAGCAUUUAUACAUGCAACUUCAAUUUUACCUUGUUUUUCAUUUUUUUCAAGUCAAAACAAAACUUUUAUAAAUCCAUUACGUGCUCUAGCAUCUUUUCUCAUACAUAGCGAAACAAUUAAAGGCGUAGCUAUUUCUACAGGUUCAGAUGAUGAUGAUUUAACAAAAAUUGCAACGCUUUUGCAGAGAUUUAACACAAAACAAAUUGUUAUGUGGAAAAUUAGUGGUCAUUAUUACAAAGGUAUGUCAAAAUUCGUUGCUUCACUUGUAAAUAUGAAAUCUCCAAUCAGAAUGAUUGAUUUAUCAGACGUAAACAUGUCAGAAAGGACAUUAAUAUCUUUUUUCCAAGGUCUUGCUCGUAAUCACAAUCUGUUUAAACUACAUUCUCUCAAUGUAAAAGGUUCAAAAUUCACAGGACGAGUUAAAAAAUCUUUUGUUGAUUGGCUGAUGAAAUUACACAAACAAAGAGAGUUUAAUUUGAAUGUUUUAGGAUUAUCAAAUACAGGAAAAUACGUAGGAAAAAUCUGUAAUGCAUUAUGCUCUACAGAACAGCCAUUACUUCAUUUGGAUGUUUCUUUUAAUGAAAUGAGUGAAUGGGCACAAUCUCAAUUAUUACAAUUAGUUUUGCGAAGUAAAACUUUGAGAAGUUUGAAUGUUGGUGGCUGUAAUUUAAGUGUUGCAAACUUAACUAAUAUAAUAAUGACAUUGUCAACAGAUAACAGACAAGACUUUUAUAAGUUCUUCAUGUCACAAAUGAAUCUUUCAGGAACAGAAUUAAGUGGUGCAAUUUCGAGUUUUUUGGAAGCGAAUUCUGAAAGAUGGAGUUUAAUUAAUUUGGAUAAUGCAAGAUUUGAUGAAGGUAGUGCGAGAAUGGUCUUAAGUGUAUUGACUAAUCUUAAUAACUUAACAAAUAUUUCUCUCAAUGGUUGUUUCACUUCGAAACUCAAAGGAAUUGGUGAAAAAUUGUCAAGUUUAUUGAAAUUGAAAUUUUUGAAAAGAUUGACAAUUUGUGGUGUUGAAAAAGGCAGAUUAAAAUGGGAAUUAUAUCCUUUACUAAAGGAUUUAUCAGAGAAUAGGACUCUUGAAUACUUAGAUAUCUCUGAUAACAAAAUUGGAGAAGAAGGAAUUAAAAUUUUAGAUAGGUCUUUAGUUCGAAAUUUUUCAUUGAAACAACUCGAAAUUGAUAAGAAUUUAAUAUCCACUGUUGAUUUGUUGCAAAUGAUAUUAAGAAGAUGGAAGUCUAGACCACAUUCUUAUUACAUGACAUUCCCUUAUUCCGAUGCAGAAGAUAUUAUUAACAAAGAAAGUUUUUCAAGUAAAGAAAAAAUGAAAUUGAGAGUUAAAAUGAUUGAAAUCGAGUUAUAUUCUCAAUUGUCACAGAACAGACUUUUAUCUGAAGAAAGACCAACGAACUGCCAUUACAAUGUUCCAUUGCAAGCUGCUCAAUAUUUAGAUCAAAUGAAUAAAAUCAUCGAAAAUAGUGAAGAAAUGAAAAACAAAACAGUUUUCGGCUGUUUUAAUUAUUCUCUUCAUCUUCCAUUUCCUUUCCAAAGCGAAACAAAGGAAGGACAACUAGACAACACAGAAACAAUUGAUAUUGGAGAUGCAAAUGUUUUCGAUACAGAAAAUUUGACAAAAGUAACAAAAUUUGAUCCAUUUCCUAAUCUUGAUAACGAAGAUGCGAAGAAGGAACUUGUUCAGAAUCCAGCAGAUGAAAUACCAGCAUUUCCUCCAGCUAAAAAGUCUUCUUCAUCAAGGAAAUCAUCUUCUGCGAAGAAAUCAAAUGCAAAACCUCCAGAAAUCCAAAAAACUGAAGAAAAAACUGAAAAGAAAGAAGAGAAAAAUGAUCUCCAAAACAUCAUGAAGAACGAUGAUGAUUUCGACACUGGAAUAAGAACAAAAAUAUCUCCAAUCGAAGAAGCAAAACUCAAUGAAAUCGAUGAUGAUUCAGAAUCAGAAGAAAAAAUUAAAAAAGCUAUAAAACCAGCACCAAAAAUCAAGAAAAUAAUCAUAACUGAUUCGGAAGAUGAACCACCAAUGAAGAAGCCAUCAAAAAGACCUAAAAAGGAACAAGAACCAGUAAAGAAAAAGAAACUUCAAGAAGAAGAAAUUUUACCUAAAAAGAAGAAGCGAAUUAUUAAUGAUUCUGAUUCAGAUGAUGAAGUAAUUUUACCUAAGAAGAAGAAACAAGUUAUCAAAGAUUUAGAUUCAGAUGAAGAAGAUAUUUUACCUAAGAAGAAACGAAUUAUUAAUGAUUCAGAUGAAGAAGUGAUUUUACCUAAAAAGAAGAAGAGAAUUCUUUUGGAAAGUGACUCAAAUGAUGAAGAAGAAAUUCCAAGGAAAAGUAAAAAAUCAACACCGAAAAAAGUUUCGAAUUCAAAUAGAAAAGUUAUCAAUAUGGAUUCAUCAGAUAGUGAUGAUAUUUAUGCUGAGAGAUUCCAGCCCCGUCUCAAUGCUUCAACUGGCGGAAGAUCGACUUUGUUUGAAGAUGAUUCAAGUGAUGAAAUCGAGAAUUUCAAACCUCCAAAAAGAUACAAGAAAAAGGCAAUUAAUAUGAAUUCAGGCUCUGAUUGGCAAGACAGUGACUCAGAUUCGGGGCCAUUACCAGUUCCAAAAAGAAGGCCUAAUGUUAAUCCAAAGUUUUAA